CCGAAGACAAGAAAUUCUUGAAAGGUCCAUACACUCAUAGUUUUUUUGUGUUCCGCUAGUUUCACCCGGAAACAUUUGAGAUAGGAAAUAUACAAGACGGUUACCUAGGCGACCAGAGCCUAGAACGUCUGCUAACGUGAAUAACAAUCGUCUACAAAGCUUUAUGUGGAGAUUAGGUUUAAGUCUGAGCCUUUAUGUCGUUAUUUUUUCAUAUAUUUCUUUUUAUAUAUGUGUGUAUAAAUCACAAGCGUGUCUACGGAAGCUCUUAGGGGCGGAAAUGUGAGUCUAUUUCCGCGAUGCAUUAACAGGGGUCAUCCUCGCUUCCAUACUUCCAGUAUCGUUUUUGAAGAAAUGCAGUUGUUUGUGCACAUUUGGCGAAGAUCCAGUCAACUACACUGAAAUAGAAACUGGCGAUAGAAACGCAUUAGGUCGCAUUAUUAUAGUUCAAAACAAUGUCGGUGGUGCUUCAGAGCAACUAUGGCUGUGUUUUAGAUGCACGCUCACUCAUUGAUCAGGGCUAUGCACGAUGCAUCCGAUGGAGGGAUAAACAGAAGUCACGUGUAAAGUGUUGUUUUAAAAGGCAGUGUUUUCAGAUUUUAAAGAGUCAUUAUGGUACUAAUGUGAAUGUCAGUGCCGCGGUGGAUGCAGGAAAUUCGGAAAUGAUGCAGAAAACAGCCAAAUCUUCAAAGAAAAGGAAACGAAAGCAUAGUGAACUCAACCAGGGGGAGAUCGAUUCACAGGCCUUCCAUGAAAAGAUCAGGAGUGUUAUUCUGGAAGGAACCAAGUCCUUGGUGGAUUCGGCCCGAUCUCUGGGAUUUCUGACUGGAGACACCGACGCGGUGAGGGAGCCUCUUCCUUCCCAGGAGUGCCGCCUUGCUGCUCUUUGUGAAAUGGCUAAAGAUCUUCCUCUGGUGGACCAGGAGGACCAGGAGGACUGCACUCAGUUGCUUGUUGCUGAGAAUACUUCACCCGUGGACCUGUUUUCUCGGGUGACCGAGAGCCGGGCGGACUGGGCUGCAGUGGUUACGCUGAUGGGAGAGGAGUAUGUCAUACCGCCUCACACGGCUUUCUUGCUUUCUGAUUUCACAAGAAUACAGCCGCUAGUCCAAUAUGGAAGGAGCUUUGACUUAAUAGUUAUGGAUCCACCGUGGGAAAAUAAGUCUGUGAAAAGGAGUCGCAGAUACGGUUCUCUGCCUUCAACCCAGCUGAAACGGCUCCCUAUACCCCUCCUGGCGUCUCCAAACUGUUUAGUGGUUGCCUGGGUGACGAACCGGCCGAGCCACCUGCGAUUUGUCCGUGAUGAACUGUAUCCGCACUGGGGGGUCGAAGUUGUGGCGGAGUGGUUCUGGGUCAAGGUCACUGCAUCUGGGCAGUUUGUGUUUCCACUGGAUUCACCGCACAAGAAGCCAUAUGAAAUACUGGUGCUGGGCAGAUAUCGUCCCUCUGCUGGUCCCUCAGCAAGCUCUUCGGAGAAGCCGGAGGUUCCCGUGGAGGAUCGGCGUUUGAUUGUCAGCGUCCCAUCAGCUCUGCACUCCCAGAAGCCCUCGCUAUCAGAGGUGUUGAAGCCGUACGUUGGAGCCGAGGGCAAGUGCUUGGAGCUGUUUGCCAGGAGCCUUCAACCAGGAUGGACCAGCUGGGGCAACGAGGUGCUUAAAUUUCAACACACGAGCUAUUUUACUUUGACGCCAGCGGAUGACGUUCGUGAAGACGAGGCCACGGACGACUGCACAGACAAACCUGGUACCACAUAAAUCUCCGUACACCUGUCUUCCCCAUCAGAUUGUCUCUGCUGUCAACCAGCGGCUGACCUUCAACCCCUGUCACGUCAGCACGUCGCUUUGUUUUAAUAAAGAUUUGUGCCAGAAUA